UUUAAAUUUAAUUGGUUUGUAUGCAAUAAUUUUACUUGACACAAGCACUGAUUAUGAUGAAUAAGGGUUACAAGGAUAGAUGCAAUCAAGCACAACCAGAAUUCAAUUUGAGCAUUUGACCACCCCUUGUUAUGUGGGAAUAAAAUGCUCAACUAAAGUGGACAAUUCAACUGAUUUUUUUUUUAAAUCAUUUUUAUAAUAAUCUCCAACAUAGUCAUUGGCUUUGUCUUCUUGGGCUUCGUAACAGGAGAAGACAUACUUGCGCGAGUGAAACUGUAUACUUCCAUCAGAAAAACACGAGCAAAAUUUUCUCGAGAAACAAACCAAUCAUCUGGUGCCUUUUGUCGCACUAAGAAGUAAAAUAAUUGAGAAAAUCACUCACUUUUCUUCCGUUCCAACCAAAGCUAUGGAGAUAAACAAUCAUUUAUCAUUUUCUCACUCAGCCAAACACUCAGAAACCCUAACAACCAUCAAAUGGCCGCCCAACUCCACCUCUCACUCUCUCUCCCCACUCGACUCUCUCUCUCCACCUCCCACCGCCCUCGCAUGGCGGCCUCAACAAGCAACUCCGAAAAGCCGGCUCCCAUCUCCGGCCGCAAGCUUCGCGCUGCCGUUAUCGGCGGCGGUCCAGCCGGAUCCUCCGCCGCCGAAGCCCUCGCCGCCGGCGGAGUUGAGACCUUCCUCUUUGAACGCGCGCCCUCCGGCGCAAAGCCCUGCGGCGGCGCGAUCCCGCUCUGCAUGCUCGACGAGUUCCAAAUCCCUUCCCACCUCAUCGAUCGCCGCGUCUCGCGGAUGAGGAUCUUCUCGCCGUCGAACCUCGAGGUCGACUUCGGCAAAACUUUGCUCCCUCACGAGUUCAUCGCCAUGCUCCGCCGCGAGGUCCUCGACUCCUUCCUCCGAUCCCGCGCCGAGUCCAGCGGCGCAACUCUAAUCACUUCGCUCGUCACGGAUCUCGAGAUACCGGAGUCGAAUAACUCGCCGUACGUGAUUCACUACAUCGCCGGAGAUAGAUCUGGCCGGAAAGAGAAGAUCGCGGUAGACGUCGUCGUCGGCGCCGACGGCGCCAACAGCCGAGUCGCGAAGGCGAUCGGCGCCGGCGACUACGCUUACGCUAUCGCGUUUCAGGAGAGAAUCAAACUCCCCGACGAGAAAAUGAAAUAUUACGAGGAUCUCGCGGAGAUGUACGUAGGAAACGACGUGUCGCCCGAUUUUUACGCGUGGGUGUUUCCGAAAUGCGACCACGUGGCGGUGGGCACGGGCACGGUUCGGGCCAAGCGGGAUAUCAAGUCGUACCAACGGGCCAUUCGGGAGAGGGCGGGGCCCAAGAUUAGUGGCGGGAAGGUUAUAAAGGUGGAGGCCCACCCGAUUCCCGAACACCCGAGAGCCGUGCGGGUUCAGGGUAGGGUGGCGCUGGUGGGGGACGCGGCGGGGUAUGUGACAAAGUGCUCAGGGGAGGGGAUUUAUUUCGCGGCGAAGUCGGGGCGGAUGUGCGGUGAAGGGAUCGUGAGGGCGUCGGAGGGUGGGACGAGGAUGAUCGGCGAGGGGGAUCUUAGGAGGGAGUAUUUGAAGGAGUGGGAUGGCAAGUAUGUUGCCACGUUUAAGGUUUUGGAUUUGUUGCAGAGUGUGUUUUAUGGGAGCAAUGCCGCUAGGGAGGCGUUGGUGGAAUUGUGCGACGAUGAGUAUGUGCAACGCAUGUCGUUUGAGAGCUAUUUGUAUAAGAAAAUAGCGGAGGGUAAUAGGUGGAAGGAUGCCAAGAUGUUGUUUGAUACCGUUGGGAGUUUGAUUAGGUGUAAGAUUGUAGGCAGGAAGAGGGAGGUUUUAAAUUACUAAGAGGGUUUUUUUUUUUUUUUUUUUUUUUGGGUUC